GAAGGGGCGGUACGGCAGAAGGCCGCGGGGCGGUGCGGGUCUGCGGGGGGCACCCGUCCCAAUGGCGGCGCUGAAGUACGCGGGGUUGGAGGACACCGACAGCGAGGAGGAGUUGCCGCCGGGCUGGGAGGAGCGCACCACCCGCGACGGUUGGGUCUAUUACGCCAACCAUCUGGAAGAAAAGACACAAUGGGAGCACCCUAAAUCUGGGAAGAGGAAACGUGUUGCAGGAGGUCUGCCAUACGGAUGGGAGCAGGAAACUGAUGAAAAUGGACAAGUCUAUUUUGUAGACCACAUAAACAAACGGACUACCUACCUUGACCCAAGAUUGGCCUUUACAGUUGAGGAUAAUCCAGUAAAACCUACUACUAGACAAAAAUAUGAUGGAAACAGCACUGCAAUGGAAAUACUCCAGGGGCGUGAUUUGAGUGGCAAAGUGGUUAUAAUCACAGGAGCAAAUUCAGGAAUAGGUUUUGAAACUGCCAAGUCUCUCGCACUGCAUGGGGCAUAUGUUAUCCUGGCCUGCAGAAAUAUGUCAAGAGGCAAUGAUGCUGUACAACGUAUUCUCCUGGAAUGGGUAAGUGAAUGUAUAUAGUGUCCAGCAGUAAGCUGUGUUUUAUAAGACAUGAAGUCUUUUGUGUAGUGAAAGAGAUAUUACAUUGCCAUUCAAGAAUCUAAGGAAGAAGGCAUUUUUCUUAUUUUAUAGUAGCGUGUUCAGUCAGUGGUAUAUCAAUGAUAAAGAUUUUUCAUUUUGUAUGGCCAUAUUGGACUGUAAGGCUUCACAUGUUGUUAUCCAUGCUACAUACAGAUGCUUCGUAAAGGUGGAAAUGCUUGAAAGAACCACUGAGGCAUGGUUCAUAGUUCUUAGGGCAGGAAUUUCCAGAAACAAAUUGUGUAACUAACUGAAGGAGAAUGUACACAGUCAGAUACCAAAGACAGCCACUGGCUGCCCAUAGGUAUCACACUAUGGCAGAUUUCAGAUCAUUCUUAGACUUUUAAAAACCAAGGGUGUUUACCUCCUUUCCUAGUCCAUCAGGCCCAACAGCACUGCCAUGCGGUCUGCCUCA